UACGCUCGGCGAGGUUGCUGCCCGCGCGGCGCCCGUUCGUUCGCCGCUGUUUCUCUCGCCGCCUGUCGAGGUCCGGGCGCGCCAGGGAGGGGGGAGAAUUCUGUGGUUCGCGGAGCGCCGCGCGCAGGUGGUUGUUUGAAGUCAUUUUAAGAAGAGCUUGGAUUUUGAGAUGCAUUAACGUUUAGAGGCCUCCUUUUGACUUAAGGUAUGAUGUGAAUAUGCGUUGCUUGGCGGCUCGGGUCACCUAUAAGACUUUGAUCAUCAUCUGUGUUCUCUUCACUCUGGUCACGGUCCUGCUGUGGAAUAGAUGCUCCAGCGAUAGAACAGCACUGUUCCUGCGUGACCCAAACGGUGCCUUCCGGGUGGACGGACUGGACAAGCGAGCAGCGGCGUCGGAGAGCAACAAUGAUGUGAACAGCCUAGCCAAGCAACAGAGCGAGGAGGCCUCGCCCCAGGAGCAGCAGAAAGCUCCCCCUGUAGUCGGUGGUGGCAGCUUCCAUGGGAACAAACUCUUGGGGCUGAAGUACGAGGAGAUCGACUGCCUGAUCAACGAUGAGCACACCAUCAAGGGCCGGCGGGAGGGUGGCGAGGUCUUCCUGCCGUUUUCGUGGGUGGAAAAGUACUUUGAAGUCUAUGGGAAAAUUGCCCAGUAUGACGGCUAUGACCGGUUUGAGUUCUCCCACAGCUACUCCAAAGUAUACGCCCAGAGAGCCCCUUACCAUCCAGAUGGAGUCUUCAUGUCCUUUGAAGGCUACAAUGUGGAAGUCCGGGACAGAGUGAAGUGCAUCAGUGGGGUUGAAGGUGUGCCGUUAUCCACCCAGUGGGGGCCUCAAGGCUAUUUCUACCCCAUCCAGAUCGCUCAGUAUGGACUCAGCCACUACAGCAAGAAUCUGACUGAGAAGCCGCCCCAUGUGGAGGUGUACGAGACAGCGGAGGAGAGGGACCAAAGCAGCCAGCCAGGUGACUGGACUGUGCCGAAAGGCUGCUCCGUCACCACCUUGCCUGACAAGUCCAGGUUCACAAACGUCAAGCAUUUUGUGGUCCCAGAAAAUUCUGAGGGCGCCUCUCUGCAGCUUGGAAACUCGAGGGACUUCAUUAUUUCUUUUGACCUCAAAUUCGUAACGAACGGCAGCAUUUCCGUGGUCCUGGAGACGACCGAGAAGAACCAGCUCUUCACAGUGCACUAUAUCACAAACUCUCAGCUGAUCGCUUUUAAAGAUAAAAGCAUUUCCUAUGGCAUCGGGCCCAGGACUAGCUGGAGCACGGUCACCCGAGACCUUGUGACGGACCUAAGGAAGGGGGUUGGCCUCUCAAACACAAAAGCGGUCAAGCAGACCAAAAUCAUGCCCAGAAGGGUGGUGAGGCUGGUGGUGAAGGGAAAGGGGUUUAUUGACAAUGUCACCAUCUCAACCACAGCCCACAUGGCAGCCUUUUUUGCUGCUAGCGAUUGGCUGGUGAGGAAUCAGGAUGAGAAGGGCGGGUGGCCAAUCAUGGUGACUCGGAAGCUGGGGGAGGGCUUUAAGUCUUUGGACCCGGGUUGGUAUUCUGCUAUGGCACAAGGACAAGCUAUCUCAACCCUAGUCAGAGCCUUCCUGUUGACAAAGGACCACGCGUUCCUCAAUUCGGCUUUGCGAGCGACAGCACCUUACAAGCUCUCGUCAGAGCAACACGGCGUGAAGGCCGUCUUCAUGAACAAACAUGACUGGUACGAGGAGUAUCCCACUUCUCCGAGCUCCUUUGUUUUAAAUGGGUUCAUGUACUCCCUGAUCGGACUGUACGACUUAAAGGAAACUGCAGGGGAGAAGUUAGGAAAAGAGGCAAAGCUUCUGUAUGACCGGGGCAUGGAGUCCCUCAAGGCCAUGCUUCCGCUCUAUGACACGGGUUCGGGAACCAUCUAUGACCUUCGUCACUUCAUGCUCGGCACGUCUCCCAAUUUGGCCCGGUGGGACUACCACACCACCCACAUCAACCAGCUUCAGCUGCUCAGCACGAUAGACGAGUCCCCCGUAUUCAAAGAGUUCGUCAAGCGGUGGAAGAGCUACCUGAAAGGCAGCAGGGCCAAGCACAAUUGAGCAGAGCUGAGAACCAAAACGAUGUUUCCCCUCGACCGCUCUGCUGAUGAAUUGCCAUCUUUUGAACUAAGCUAAGGAAUAGUUGAAAAGGUGGUGUGUGCGUGUGUAUGUCCUGGCUUUUGAAAGCAGGCUCUGUUUCAAAGAAGUGGUCCUUAAAACCCAUCUUUUUAACCAAUUGCAUUCCAGUGGAUAAAUACUUGAGCAUGGGAAGGUGGGAUUGCCGAGCAGAGGGUGGGACCCAAGCCUGCGGUGCUGUCAUAGGCAGAGUUGUUUCAGUUUAAGCUCACGGUGGGUUUGAACUGGAGAUACUCUGUGUUAGGAUUACCCUGUUAACUUGUUUACAAAUCUUCUCCACAGUGAUCCGUUGUGACCCUCCAGCAUAAUGUGUGUGUCCUCAUGAGGGUUCCUUCCCUUAUUUAGGAGAAAAAGGAACAUACAGAUGGCUUUCAUAAUACAGUGUCUGCCAGGGAAAUUAGAAUAUGGCCUCUUUAAAAUAAAAACAAUAGAACUCUUUCUGUUUGCAGCAGAGUUGAAAAAACAAUAUUAUUUUCUAGAAGACACCUUUGCCUACUUGGAUCCCAGAGAGUAGACAGCAUCCCUCUUUUUGAGGGAAGAAGUUUUUUUUUUAAUACGUUCGUUUCCUUCUAUGGAAAUUUCAAAGCUAUUUGUUUAAAAAUAAUCAAGUACUUUAAAUGCUUCGUUUCUUUGAAGAUGUAUCAAUGGGGAAAUUGUAAUGCCCUUCGGGAUUCCCCGUGAAGCUCUGUGGAAGCCCCACCAACAGCAAGAACUGCCAAAGAGCCCAUCCGUGUCCUUGUGCAGUUCCCCACUCUAUGUGCUCGAUGGAACUUGCCCGUUGUCGAGCCGGAGCACUUGCUCUCUAAGCACAACCACAGCCGACUGCACAAAAGGUGGCCGCCCGGUCUCCAGCUGGUUCCAUUGGCCCAGUUUUAAGCUUUAUCUUCUCUUUCCUCUGUGAUAGUGUUACAAACAGACAAACCUUGAUUUACAGGUGGAGUUAGGAUGAGCAUUGAGGAGUUUUUCUGCAGCAUUUAGAUCUUGCAAGUGCUCCUUUGCAUUUUAUUUUUCUUAUCCCUAGGGAAGUGAGCCGGACUCUUGUGGUUGCUUGCCUGGGAGUCAUUCCCUUUCGGCCUUCUGCCCCUGAUCUAAACCCGACUGCCCUGGCUUCUUCAUCCAUUUGGCUUGGACCAGUGUUAAUCAUGGUGAAGGCUGGCCCAUUGGGCUUCUGCAAGCACAGGCAUGUGCAGUUCCCAUGUAUCUCAGUCGAUGCCUCCAUGUCCAGCUGCAGAUGUGCCUGGGGAAAGCCUCUUGUGAUGCUCCAAGCCAUUCCAUGGAACCCUCCCAUUAAUGAGGUCGUUUGGAGACUUGGGGUGAGAGUUUGCUUAGAAAGGGUUAUGGGGCUGCCUGGAAAAUUCCUUCCCUUUCUCCCAUCCUGUCAGAUGCCCUGCAUUUGGCCACUCCCACUUGAUUCCCAGCCUCCGAGAAAGCAGAUGUUUGAGAAAUCCAAGCAGAUGGCAGGUAUAAACUGCUGAAAAGGGUAUAAACUGGCAGGCAUAAACUGCUCAAAAAUUUGUGAAGGAUGCCCUUCCCAGUGAGGGGCAAGUGAAGUGUGCCUCGCCGAUAUAUAGUGCCCUUUCAUUGCCAUUGGUUGUUUCUUCUGCAAACCACCUGGCUGGUCACCAAAGCACAAACUCUAGAUGCGUUUCAGCCAAGUUAGAUAUUCAUUGUUGGCAAUUAUUCAUUCCUUAUGCUACCAAUUGCAGAAUCGCCCACGUUACUCUGUAAGGACAUGGGUGGAUCUCUCAAAGGUUUUCUGUAGAGGGAGGGGCGAAAUUAUUUUUGCUGAUUCCCCCCUUCCCACCUCAGAUCCCCCAACUCACCUCUUGCUGUAUCCUGCCCCCUCCCCCCAUAAAGCAAAAUCUCAAUGGGCUCUUUGGGCCCCAGCAGAAGGGAGAAGGUGAAGAAAUCAUGCUGUGUUGAUAGUGCUAUCGGUGGAAACAUUCAGCGGGAUUCAGGCCAUUGAGGCAGCUGUAUUCAAAAGAUGUGUCAGAAUUGCAGCAUCUGCAUCGAGCUUGGAGAAGUGAGUGAGCUUUUCGAAUGGCUCCCAGAAGAUUUCCCAUCUUUUGCCUUAGUAUAUGGUUUCUUCAUGCCAGGGUAGAAAACUAUUUCAAGUUGGUGACACUUUUAGGCCCCUGCCCUAUACCGGUUUGAGAGAAAAAGUUAACUUCCUUGGCAUCUAGUGAGCAACUUGGCAGUUCUGUCUCUCCAAGUCUUGAGACAGCAAUCUGUGGUGUCCUUCAUGUAGAGGUGAUUCAGCAUAUUGUUUGUGAAGGAAGUCGUAGUUAGAGAAAUGAGGGUGGAAAGGGUCCAUACUGCAAAGAGAACGGCGGUUUUCCUUUGAGAAGCAGGAGAAUUUUGGAAAAGAGAAGGAGAGUCCUUGGAACCCAGGAGUCUUGGACUGCGUCACUUUUUCUGUUCCUGCCAGUGUGUGUUGAACAAUUGCCCGAAGGGCCGCAGAUGGGUGGCAAAAGCAGAUGUGAGCCUUGGAAGUCUAUCCUUGGUAAUGAUACCUAAGUGCUGAGAAAAGAGGGUUUUCUAAGAAGCAUUGCCCCUUCCACAAGACUCACGUUCCCUUUAUUCUUCUUGCAAAGUGCAGCCCACUGGACUUGGAGCAGCAGGUUUUGGAAGUACCACUUUGGCGAAAAGUUAGUGCCUUAACCAAAUGACUGUAGCUUUCUGUUGCAAUCAGAAAUGACAGUUCCGUUGUGGCAUUGGUGGUUCUGUGAUUCACCUCAGCAUCCCCAGGGCUUCCAGGCGUGUAAGGUUUUUGCCUGCAUCUUGGCCUCAGAUUGCCAGGGGUGUAGCAGGUUGGAAGAGCUAGCUCUGUUCUGUUUGAAUCUUGGGGGCCUUGUUCUGUCUCCUUGACCUGCUGCCUUGGGUUGCACUGACGAUUGUGUUAAGUACGGGCUUCUCGCCAUGGUUAACUGGAUUGUUGGCAGCAGACGUGUGGCAGCUGGGUGAGUGGCUGGUGGAUAAAGGUGAUCGAGAGGGGAAGAAGCAUACUCUCCCACAGGCUUGUUGUGAUUGGGGGCUUAUCUUCUGCAAAAAGGGGAUUGUGAAUGUUUGCUCCUUGAGGUAUCUCCCAUAACGUUCCGGAUCUCUUAAACACGGUUAGAUUGGAAACACGCUGUCAUUUCAUGUAUACCUCACCUUUCCUUUCACAUGUGUUCCUGCUCCUAUCCCUGUUCAUAGUUAACCAUGGUGCAGUGCUAACAGAAGGUUUAGCCCAAGGUUUUGAAAGCUCUGGUAACCAUGGCUUGUGUUAACAUUGCUGCUGAAUCCUGGUUAGCUCAAAGGGGGCUAUUAAUUGGGGUGGGGGGAGCCUCGGCAUGCUCUCAGCCGAUUUAACUUUGGGGAUCUGUCUGCCCUUGGGAGUGUGUGUGUGUGUCUGAGGUGGCCAGCCAUGGCUGGUGAUAGAAUUCCAAGGAGUUGUUUCUUGCACGUUCUUUAUUUAAAGGGGGGGCGGGUUGUAAUAGGGCGGACGCUGGUGUGCAUUGGGUCAUCGAAGCGCUAACCCGAUGCCUUGUGGUUGGCUUCCACCUUCUCCGUCACAUCACUACACAGCAGUGUUUUCUCACAAGGGGCACUGUGCAUGUUAGGAGACACAGUUCCGUGAGACACAAGCACAACUGCUGACGGGGGCAGCGCUGGCCGUUUUCUUCCCUGCCCUCGCAAGACGUUCACUGACCGGGAAGCUGCUCUCUUUUGCCCGCCUUGUCAUGGUUCUCACGUCGUUUUUUGUUUUCCUUUUACAUAUGGGAUUUACACCAUGUGUUAAAUAUGCAAUAAAUUGUUUACAAGAUGCCUUUUUGGUGGGCAGUAAGUCCUUUGUAAAGCUGUACAGACUUUGUGGGUUAAGCACAAUGUGCACAGGUUAGUUUUAUAUACAGCAGGUCAUGAUUUUUUGCAGUGGGAAGGAACCUAUUAUGUUUAUAUAUCUAUAAGAAAGACUAUUAAAGUAAACCGACCAACCUUUGUGCUUCAUGUAAAGCUGCUUUAUAAAAUUGUAAAAUAAAAAGUUUUUAAUCUUACAA